AUGAUGAAGAAAAAGGAUGUCUACACCAACAUCACCCCUCUCCCAUCCUUCAUCCCCCGCCAGCUAGCCCUCGAUAUUCUUCACAGUCACAGCGAAAUCAUCACCCUCAACCCUCUCGUGCUCGACCACAAACCCAUCUCCGCGCCCCGCGACGCACCGGCCGAAGAAUACUAUUCGACAUGGUACGAGAUCUCGGAACGAAUCCAAGUCGUUCCUGGAGCUGGUCGGUUGGGAGGUAGUAAAAUUCACUUUCGUGGUUGUUUCCAUGACGUGCCCUGGGGUGUACAGACGCAUAUCUAUGCGCCCAUGGGGAUUGAUCUACGGCAUAAUUACCGUGUCGCAGGCUCGCAGCCGGGCGAACCACCUGAACAUCGCGAACUAGGUGUCAACGCGCCUGCUACAGGACUGUAUUUACGGGAAGAUAUCGAGAUUCGAUGCAAUUUCGCCAUGGUGUCGUUUGUGCGCAACCAGCUAAAAGCAGCCUCGAAAGUUUUGGUGGAUCGGUUGAUUAAGAAGGCCGAGUUGUUGGAUGCAGGUGUUUUACAGGCGAUGAUGGACAAUGGGAGGUUGAAGACGAUUAAUCCGGCGGAUCGGUCGAGUGUGCGACAGCAGCAACAGACAAAUGUACCUCCGUCGCCUACGGUGCCAAUGUCGCCGUUGCCGUCGCCACUGCGGUAUCAGUCUGUCACUUCGCGACCGAGUACGAGUGCAUCGAGUCAGCCGGAGGAUUGGCACCAACAGCAGCAACAACAACAACAGCAGCAGCAGCAGCAGCAGCAGCAAGGAAAUUUCUAUCCCAACUCCGGUCUCCCCAGUCCCGGUUUCCCACCUCCUCAAUCGCCUGGUAAAACAUUCGCCAACGAACUCCCUGGAGACACGAGCUAUUAUCAGCAAACUCUCAGUCCGAAUAGCGCUUACCACAGCCCUAAUAUACGCGACUCAAUGCAAUCUACAUCCUCACACGGCUGGUCCUAUGCGUCCUCGAACACCACAGCAUCCCGACCGACGUCGACGGUCAGCGGGUAUGUCCCGUAUGUGCCGGCCGAUAGUAGCGGCCACGGCAAACAGCAGUUUGCGGCGGAGUUGCCGGCCAUGCAGGAGAUGCACGAGGAUGGUCAGCAUCUGAAACGAUGA